GGGGUGGGGCCCAGAGGGGUGCCGCCUCCCCUCCAUCCCGGAGCCUGGGCGGGGAGGGAGGAAAACUUCCUGGCCCGGGCUCCCGGCCGCUCCGUCCCCGGCCCUCCGAUCCCGCUCCCCCCCGCCCCCGGCUCCCCGGUGUCCGCCAUGGCCAAAGCCUACGACCACCUCUUCAAGUUGCUGCUGAUCGGGGACUCGGGGGUGGGCAAGACCUGUCUGAUCAUUCGCUUUGCAGAAGACAACUUCAACAGCACUUACAUCUCCACGAUCGGAAUCGACUUCAAGAUCCGCACUGUGGAUAUAGACGGGAAGAAGAUCAAAUUGCAGGUCUGGGACACAGCUGGCCAGGAGCGAUUCAAGACGAUCACCACUGCCUACUACCGCGGAGCCAUGGGCAUCAUCCUAGUAUACGACAUCACGGAUGAGAAGUCUUUCGAGAAUAUUCAGAACUGGAUGAAAAGCAUCAAAGAGAACGCGUCGGCUGGGGUGCAGCGUCUGCUGCUGGGCAACAAGUGUGACAUGGAGGCCAAGAGGAAAGUGCGGAGGGAGCAGGCCGACAAGCUGGCUCGGGAGCAUGGAAUUCGAUUCUUCGAGACAAGUGCCAAAUCCAGCACAAAUGUGGAUGAGGCCUUCAGUUCCCUGGCCCGGGACAUCUUGCUCAAGUCAGGAAGCCGGAGAUCGGGAAACAGCCACAGGCCCCCUGGCGCCGACCUGAGAGCCUGUGACAAGAAGAGCAGCAGGUGUUCCCUCGGCUGAGGACCCGGGCGUGGACAGCGGCCGGGGGAGGCAGGGCUGAGGGCGGGCAGGGGAGGAAGGGCAGGUGGGGCUCGCAGGGGACAGAGGCGGGUCAGUGGCGGACGGACGGGUGGGGAGCAAAUGCAGAAGGAAGAGAGGAAUGUGAGGAGAGAGAAGGUGGAAUAGAGAGGCAGGGAGAGGCGAGGAGGAGAAAGACGUCAGGAGGUGAAUGAAGGUGAGGGGCGGGCAGGGAGGGGGGAGCGAAGCCAAGGCCCUGGGCGUCGGACCCUCCCCGGGCUUCUAGGGCACACGGAAGUGGAAAUAAACCGUUGGUUCAAGGCCC